AUGGUGGCAGACUCUCAUUCACCAGCAGGUAAAUUCUAUUCUUUUAUCCUGGGCUCAUUAUCUGUUUUCACAACAUGUGGAAACCUUCUCAUAAUCAUCUCCAUCAUUUACUUCAAACAGCUCCACACUCCAACUAACUACCUGAUUCUCUCUCUGGCUAUGUCUGACCUCCUUGUUGGGGCUUUAGUGCUGCCAUUGGUCAUUGUGUUUUCUGUAAGUUCUUGUUGGUAUCUUGGAGAUUUCAUUUACAGAUAUUAUGCAGUGUGUCAUCCUUUGAGGUAUAAAAGUAAAAUAAAUGUUUGUGCUGCUGUGAUGAUGAUCCUGGUCUGCUGGGGAGUUUCUGCCAUGGUUGGAAUUGGUGUCAUAAUUAUGGGACUUAAAGAAGGAAAAUGUGAAGGGCGCUGUCUUUCAUUUAAUAUUGAUAUUUCAGGCAUCAUUGGAUGUAUUCUCUCAUUUUACCUCCCAGCAGUUAUAAUGCUCAGUAUCUACCUAAAAAUUUUCCUGGUGGCACAGAAACAGGCACGCAGCAUCCAGAACUCAACCUGUCAGAGCGUAAAGUCUGGAGCAUCUGUCAGUAAGAUGGAGAGAAAGGCCACUAAAACUCUGGCUAUUGUUAUGGGAGCUUUUCUGAUCUGUUGGACUCCUUUCUUUACUGUCAUGACCUUAAACCCAUUAAUUAAUUACUCAGUUCCAUCAACUGCAAUUGAAAUAUUUGCAUUACUUGGGAGCUCGAAUUCAGUGCUCAAUCCAUUCAUUUAUGCCUUCUUUUACAGCUGGUUCCGAGUGGCUUUCAGAAUGAUCAUUUCUGGUAAAAUAUUUCAAAGUGAUUUUUCAAAUUCAAAACUGCUCUGA